UUAUACAAAGUCGUUACUUCAAUAGGAAUGGAGGAGGCUUCCUGUCAAAGGGCAGCUUAUGUGUCGACAUACCAGCAAGACACAUCCAACUUCACGGUCAUCCAGGGCCCAGCAGCUCGCAUCCGACCGAAGCGCCUCCCACAGGACUACUUCUCCUUCGACUAUGAGGGCCUGAUAAAGAACCUGUCGUGCAGGGCCCCUGACCAGCCAAUGAAGCCGUACCUCAAAGAAAACCUCCCCAAAAGGAUGCACUUUGCAUACAACAAGCGCAUAGAGAGGGGUCACCUGUACAUGAAGGAGGGCUGGCAGGCAGCGCUUAAAAAAGACGAUGUCAAGUAUUGCACCGGUGGUUUCCAUGGCUCAGACAAUCUCUUCACCAACAUGCAGGCAAUCUUCAUUGGAUACGGUCCUGGAUUUAAAACUAAAUACGUCGGGCCAACAUUUGAAAACAUUGAAUUAUAUAACCUCAUGUGUGACCUUCUUGGUAUUCGUCCAUCCCCAAACAAUGGGACCCAUGGCAGCCUGAAUCAUCUCCUGAAGCGUCCCCAUUAUCAACCCGUUCACCCAGCGCAGCUCUCCCAUGAAACUCCCUGUGAGAGCACCAACCUGGUUCCCACAGACAACCUGCACUGCCUCUGUUCCUCUCAGAGCACUGAGAAGGAGACAGAAAUGAACAGAAUUAUUUUAUCAACAAACUCAGAGGCCAAAGCUAAGUUGCGCCGCCUUCAUCAUCCUUUCGGCAUCCCCAGCGUCAUCCAGGCGGGGAACAGCUUUUGUCUGCUGCACCACGCCGACUACCUGAGUGGAUACAGCCGGGACCGCCUCAUGCCGCUGUGGGUGUCGUACACCCUCCAGCCUCUGUCCAGAGUGCCAACCCUGAGCCCAUAUGAGUGCAUUCGAGCCGACUUUCGAGUCCCGUCUUCCUCCAACCAGCUGUGUCUCCUCUACAGAGAUGAGGCCGCUCUGACCUAUGGCCUGCUGCACCCGCCCUAUCUGAAUAUCACUGGUUCAGUGUCUGACUCUUUUAUCAGCAGUAACAUGGCCCCAAUGUUCCCUGCAUUUAAAGAGGUUUGGAGCCAUUUCCACACUUCUAUACUUUUGAAAUAUUCUCAAGACCUGAACGGAGUCAAUGUCGUCAGUGGGCCGAUAUUUGAUAAAGACUUUGAUGGAAAUGUAGAUCCAGUCAGUAAAAACACAGGGAAUGAAACUGCAGUGCCAACGCAUUUCUUCUUGAUCAUGACCAGCUGUCGCAACUCAAGCUUCAGUCCUGUUAACUGUGAGGGUCCGCUUCAGGCCAUAGCAUUCAUCAUGCCCCACAAACCUGACUACUCAGAGUUCUGUGCUGCGGAGUCUGACUUGUCGUGGGUGAAGGAGUGGCUGAGGUUUCACAUCGCACGAGUCCGAGACAUCGAGCUGCUAACGGGACUCAGCUUCUACCACGGCAGGAUAUCGGUGGAAGAAACGAUACAGCUCAAAACAUUUCUACACACGAUUUAAACUCAGAGACUAUGGCUAAACCAACCAAACACAACCAGACUGGUGGGCAUGCAGCUACCUUUUUUUGUUUGUUUGUUUUUUGGAUGCACCACAAAUAGUGGGUUUUGUAGCUGUUUCAUUAAUAAAAGGUUCUUAUUUCAAACCAAAAUA